CGUCUGUGACAGACGAGCAAGUUGUCCUCGUCUCUUUGUCCACAGGCUGUGAGGACAUCACCGCCCUGUACCGCGGUGUGGAGGAUGAAGGGGGUCGCCGAGUUCAAGUUCCAAGCCCGCCCCUGCUCUGAGAUCAUCAAGCGCCUUUUCUAUGAGCUCGGCCCUCCGCUGAAAUCAAAGUGGUGUCGGCUGAUGUGGCUACAAGGGUUGAAGACUCCUUUAUUUCUUCUUCAUCUCUCUAUCUCUCACCGCGCGAGGGCGUCGAUGUAAACGGGUGGGUUGCGGGGUGUAGUGGAUGUGGGAUCAGCGAACUUUAGAAAGAGGUAACCCCAGCUCGUGGUGUGCACCAAGCAGCGGUGUGCGCGGCGCCUGGCGAGCGGUUGUCUCCCCCUGCUGGUGGUAGCUAGAUGUCGCUGGCAGUGGCUGCAGCACCGUCGGUGCAGGUGGACGAACAUAACGACUGCUCCGAUGUUCUCUCCGGCUCAGGUGAGGAAACAAAGGCGCCCAGGUGCGAACUGGUGGGAGGUCCGCGCUCGAGCGUAGUCGGGUGGUGGUGGAAGCUUCGGUAAACAUCCACCCGGGGCUGUUGUUGGAAGAGUUUAUUAAAGUUGCGUCCCGUGGCGAACACAAGCGAGGUCAACGCUGAGCGACUCUGAGCUCAGCAGUCACGUGGUCCCUAUCCUUCCCCCCAACUCAGCGAUCGAACAAAUUGACGGCGGGAGGGAGGCCGGCAGGCAGAAGAGCGCCGGUCAUCUGAUGUUCGCAACUUUCUUCUCGUCGUCAGAUCUCGCUGUCCCCUCCGCACGUGCAGGAACAUCACCCACAAAGCACGCGGCGUGUGUGAUGCUGCUUUAAUUAGGUAUUCCUCUGAGGUUGGGGAUGUUCAUACAGAGCCACGUCACUCCCAGUCUUCCGGACUUCGUUAUUGGUUUACCCCAGGAUGUACAACAAAUACAAGACUGCUUCGUCUGUGUGAACCUUGACCUCCCCCUCCUCCCUGCUUCUUUAACUUCCUGAAGAGGUCAGUUUUAUUUUAUGGAAAAUUCGGAGAGAAGAGUUUUAACUCUUGUGGCAUUCUCAACAUUUUUAUUCGUCCUAUUGUCACGGUCUAUCUUUCCAUGUGUGAAAUUCAGCCAAUGAUUUGCACGGUGACAAUGAUUCAACAAGCCAGCCCCAGUUAUUGGACAUUGCAUCCAAACAGUGGUAGGACUUAAUCAUGAAAGGGGAUUAACAGCAUAAGUGAGAAAAAAAAGUUAAUAAUCCAGCUACACGUUUUUGAAGUGAGAUUAAGAGAAAGCGAAAAAAUUGUCGAGGAAUUAAAAUUUGAAAUUUCAUCCACCCGCCAAUCUCCUGUCAGGUGGACCAUGGACCGCAGGGUUCGGACAAAGCUCCAAAGACGUGUCUAGGAUUUUUUAAAACAAAAUUCGACUUACAAGAGAGUCGGUGGGGAAAGAAAACUACCAAAGGUGUGGUGUCUUCCUGUGUUAACACCAUAAACGUGACGCUGCAAUGCCAGGGGCAUCAUGGGAAAUGCGGAAGCUGACUGUUUCACGUGAGGAUAACGUACUAGCGACAUCGGUGAGGAGCAGGGAGAUGCUGCAGCCUUGCGUGAUGGAUGUCUGGCGCCCCCGGCCGCCGUCGUCCUUCGUGGUGGGGAUAGCGGUGCUAGUGCUUUUGCAGACUUGGAUCUCCGGCACAUGCGCAGCGGUGACUUCCGCACCAGGUGAUGCCAGGGGUGAGCGGGUGGGCCCGGGUACCUUGCUGCCGGAGUUCCUGCCCACACCCUCCAAUGUCACCGUCAGGCGAGGCGCCCUGGCCAUCCUGCACUGCUGGGUCAAACACCUGGGGUCCAGGGAGGUGGCGUGGCGACGCAUAUCAGACGACCAGUUCCUGACUAUAGGAAAAGUCACGUGGGUGCAGGAUUCGAACCUCAUUUUGGAGCACUUACGAAAAACCGAUGACGUGACCACCUGGGACCUCAUCUUGCGGCGAGCGCAGCCGGAACACGCGGGGGACUACGAGUGUCAGAUCACUACCUCACUCAAGCAUGUCCACCUGGUCACACUGUCUGUGAUAGAGGAACCAUCUUACCGAGCCGAGAUGCUGGUCUACUCCGGUCACAUGAUCCACCUGGUGUGUAACGUCUCCACUGAGAACGCCACCUACUAUAACCUGCACUGGUUCAAGGACGGGGUGGAGGUGAACUCAUUCUCCCACCCUGACAUUCUAGUGACCAGAUACCAGAUAGAGGCCUCCCGGAUGUUCGUGUCUGACUUGAUCAUCGACAAUGCCUCCCAGCAGGACUCCGGAGUAUACGCCUGUCGCACGUCUAACGACCUGGAGGUAGACAGCACCAAGAUCACAGUCCUUCGCGUGGAUACGACCAACCGCAAAAGAGAAGAGGCUCGCGAAGAUGUAGGGGCGGAGCGAGUUCAAGAUGUCCAGGACAGCCGCACCAUCAUGAAGGGUCACAGCUCCUACUUCGGCACACCAGAAGGGACGGACUCUCAGGAUACUCAUAGCACAAGCAGCGGGAACAGUGAAGUCAGAACACGAAGCUGGUGCAGCCUGCUGCCCACAUUACUAACCAUGUGGACCUGGUGGACGUUAGGACACCUGCAACACUGUCUUCGUUUCGGUUCUUGACAGAUUUGCAGACAGAAAGACGGAGAAAGAUGACCAGUGAAUGGCCUCAGGCAAGAGGCGCAAAGGGAGACAAAUGCAUCUCGAGUUCUUGGUCUUGCGCCGCCAUGGUGUUUAACGUUCAUCAAACGAUUACAGCAAGUCUUUCGUCUGGACAGUGCAUACUGUGGGAGUUUGGGGAGCUUUUUACAUCGCGUUUGUCGUCAGUCUCGAAGCUUUUCGUCGACUUGUUCUGGGGAAAAGGUUAUUCUUUGCAGUCCAUGUCUUACUGAUAGUCUUGACAGCGCCAUUGUAUUAUCUUGUUGGUGGCGCUUUGCUGUUGCUGUUACCGUGUUACUGAUGAUCAUUAGGACAUUUUGGGUUUUGCGGAUGAUCAUGGUGUGUGAAUGUGCGCGAGAUUCGAUUCUUUCAAACGGAUGAUGACAAGAGUAUUGAACCUAACCCUUACAGAGAUAUGAAGAUUGGAUUCAGUGAUACUUCAUAUCUUUUCAGCCAUACCAGAUUAGAAUAAAUAAAUCCCUUUGUGGCUUCUUGCUCUUAGUUUGACUUCAAUGGCUUAUCGACAGUUCACCCGUUCUUCAAUGUAUGUUUGACCAAUGUCCACAAAUUUUCUAGACAAAAAUCUUUAGCGAUUGGGAUUUGCAGGAAGAAUUAGUAAGGUCGCCUUUCAACGUUUAGUAAUCAAUUUGCAGAGUAAGAAUCCAUGAAUCAUGGGAAAUCAUGUGAUAUAUUAUGAGGAAAGGUUUGCCUAGUAAGGAAGACUGCAUGUUCACUGUCAACAGAUGAUGUCCGUGGGUGAUUUGAAUGAUGAAUUACAAAUGUCUACCUAGUGAAAAUAUCUGAGUGCAUUAGAGUUUUUGUCCUUUACAAUAUAAAUCCAAAGAGCUUUCGAAAGUGUGUGUGUGUGUGAGUGAGAGAGAGAGAUAAAAUUACAGUGAGAGGUGCCAGUAUUUAAAAACACAAAAUACUGUAGUUCUUUUUACUAUUUUUAUGUUUUGACCUGUUCUUCCAAAAGUCAGCGAUUAUUAGCUAUUUUCCCGCUCAUUUUAAUUUUGCUGUUACCAGUUUAUUAAGAAAACCUAGUAAAUAAAAAUGCUCAUUAAGCAAAUAAAUUUAAUUUGUCAAAACAUUUAAUAAUAAUAAAAUACAAUUAAAACAUGAUUUGAUUUGCAAGAGAUUUAUCUCUAUUUAUAAAUAAAUAUUAAUGACUGUUGAACAAGACAUAAAACCGGUAAAAUCGUGUAUCAAAAAUACCAAUCGAAGUAAUUAGUGUUUGUGGUGUGUGUGUGAAAGAGAGCUCACUUUGAUGUUCAUCUAAUUUGUUAAUUUUGUUUUCUGUUUGAGACUCUGAAAGCAACAACAUAACUCGCAGUUGCAUAAUGGCUUUUGUCCCGUUUGGCAUGCACUCACUUUUAAUAAUGUACAUUAUUAUCCAGCUUUUAUCACCGAUUCUUAGCUUUUUGCCAUCUUAUUAUUUAUGGCGAUACUCAGUGUUAAGAUUUACCUCAUUGAUGCACUGGUUUCUAUGAGUGCUAAACAUGUUGGCUGAGGUGAGUGAUAUGAUGUUCACCUGGCCAUGGCGGUGCUGUUGGUAUUUGGCUGUUGUCCACACUGCUGGCUUGGUCUUCGUCCCCAACAACUGUAGAACUGGAACUGUAUCCUUCGAAACCAAUGUACAUUCAUUCAAAUGACUACAGUCGUGUGGAAUUGAAUGUUGUCAUUGUCCUUUCAGUUGACUGCUUUAUAAUAUGGGUUUUUUUUCGUUUUACGUGCCUGUUUCAUGAUAUUUUUUUGUCUAUAGAACUAGAAUAGAAUACUCAAUUUUUGAAAGAAAGAAGGUAUUUGAUAGUAUGAAAUCUUCACUUAUGCAUACAAUGGACGUGAGACUAAGUAACAGGUUAGUGCGUUUGAAAGUGAAAGUGUGCUCUUGUGCGAAAACAAAACUACUGGUAAACAAAUUGGUCUUUCUUAUUCCUGAUAUAAGCUUUGUCUUCGUGUUGUCCGCUUUUGCAAAAACAAUCAACACUCACUUUUAGAUCAAUUGAUGUAAAUCAGUAAAUGCUGGGGUUUUUUUUCUUCCUUUUUUUUUUCGUUUUUUGUUUUGGUCUAAGGCAAUGGAUGUAAUUACUUUUAAGCAUUUCCAUCACCGUCCUUCGGAAGAGAAAUAGACAAGAAAGCUUUAGUCUUCAUGUUGUAUGGCGUAAGAAACUCUUAGUAAUUCUCAGGCUUCUAAAAGCUGAAAAUAGAAAAGUCCACUUUAGAAUACUUUGUUACAUAGUUUGUGCACUUCUGAUGUCUAAUAAACAGAGAACGCGCGCGCGCACGGACACACACCCUCACAUACACACAAAACAGAGAGAAAAAUAGAGAGGAAAGCAUGAUGAGAGAAUUCAACAGCAAUCUUUGAACUAAUGUAUUCUAAAAAAUUAAAAUACUCUGAAAUUUUAGAGAAGACAAAGCAGAUUUGUGGUUGGAGUUGUCGCAUCAUUAAGCUGUACAGUAGCUGGUGCGUAAAUUCUGAUAGUAAUAGGUAUACAUGUAAUUGCUUUACCUGGAUUGUCUUGGAUUUUUUUUUCAAAGAUGUAACCACAGAAUUUCUGAUAUGUUAUACUACAGUGAACACAAAAAUACCUGGACAAAGCACUCCGUUAAUUUAAUGGGAAUCGCAUCUUAACAACUCAAUAAUUAUUCAAGUAAAAGUAACACGUGACAUUGGAAUCAUUAGUACUAGAACUUCCAUAACACAUGUGACAUUUAACUCUUGACAUUUAGUAUGAAACCUUCUUAGGUCUCGUGUCACACGGCGGUACGUGAGUAUAUCUCCAAUUAGUGUAUUUAUCUUAUUAGUUCGAUCUUUUAGCUCAGGUACAUAUAUUUUUUGGUUACUGUUCUGGUUCAGUGAAUUCCCUUGACUUGAUGUAUGUAUGCAUGUGAGGUAUUUCUACUUUUCCUUCUUUUUAAAUUCUGGUUUCGUUGGCUGAGUAAUGUAAUUAACAGAUGUGUAGCUGUGCAUGGUUCUUUGAUGUUUAUCCAGGACUUUUAUAGAAACUUACGCAGUUUGUGGGUUUAUCAAAAGUCUAGUAAGACCAGUUGUACUCGAAUGACAAGAUUUUGACUAUUUUAUGUAUUUAUUUUCAACGAUUUGAAAGGGAACUCUACCAACGGCUAAAAGAACUUCCAUUAAAACGUUUCAGAAAAUGAAAUUCACAAUGGUUUAUGUUUUGGUUUUUAAUGGCACCUAUCAUAAUAUAUGUAUACGUGUGCGUGUGUGUGGAGAAAGAAGGAUUAAAGUGUUAUUGAUUUUGAAAGUUUGGCAACCAGAAUUAUAAUGGAAAUAUUUUGAAAUUAAUUCACGAUAAAUAGUAAAUAUGGGUCUCAUUAAGGUUGUCAAGUAAUCAUAUAUUUGUAA